AUGUCUCAUUUCUCUACACCGUCUACAUUGCAACAAACAUCAAGAAUAAUAAAUAAUCAUAAUGAUGAACGUUCUUUUCUAAAACAAAAUUAUUCUCCAGUUCGUCAUGCAGUUCGUAAAUUUGAUAUGAUUGAAAAAUCUAAUGGUUUAUCUUCAGCAUUUCUACCUCCUCGUCCACCAGCAAUACGACCACCACCACCACGUCCUCCUAUAACUGUUCCAAUCAGAAAUAAUCAUGAAAAUGAAACUUCUACAUCAUCAAUAAAUUCAUCAAUUCAUUCAACAAAUAGUAACAAAAUAAUUAGUUCAAAACCAAUAGAACGAAUAAGAUCACGAUCACAAGAAAUAUCAACUAAGAAUUCAUCAACGAAAAUAAUUUCUCCUCGAAUAUCAAAAACAAAAAAAAAAUCAGAACCAAAAAAUCGUCCUCGAAGAGCACCACCACCAAUUCCAUCAACUACUAUCGAUUAUUCAAAAGUUAAACAAAAUGUAAACAAUGAUUCAUUUUAUGUAAAUAGUAAUAAUCAAUUUGAUCAAUAUCAACAUGAAAAUGAAGAAAAUGAUUUAUAUGAAUUACAAUAUGAAAAUGAUAUUGAAGAUUUCGGAAAAUUUAUACCUUAUACUAAACCAGUUGUUAUUUCUCAAGAACUUCCAAUAUCAUCAUCAAUACAAACUCAUAAUAAUAUUCGAACAAAAAAUAUUCAUCGACAACGAGAUGAAAAAUCAAAAAAUCAAUCAAGAAAUACUGAACUUGAAAGUGAUAGUGUUGGUUUAGAAAUACCUUCACCAAUUCCAGCAAAUCGACGAAAUCUUAUGACUCCUUAUGGAGAAGAAUAUAACCGUCGUAGUAAUUCUCAAAAUGCACCAUUUACUAUUACACAAUAUGAACGAAAUGAAAAUGAAGAACAAAAUGGAAAUAAAUUAGUUCAUUCUUCUAAUCGUCCACCUCCACUACCACCACCACUACCUCCACCAACUUCUGCUCUAGUAUAUCGUGCACAACAACGACGUGUUAUUCAUGAUGAAACACAAACAUAUACACCUAAAAGAUUCUUACCAAUUUCAAAUUUUGUGAUGGAAACUGGUGCUUUACUUGUUGUUUUUAUUCUUUGUAUGGUACUUGUUUUAGCUAUACGAGAAGAUGAAUCAAAUCUUCGAACAACUAUGCAGAUUGCUUAUAGUUAUGUUUAUCUUGUUUCUAUUGUAUGGAUGGUAUGGUGUACGUUUGAUAUAAUUAAAUUUCGUCGACAAUGGAGAGAAUUAACAGCACCUGCUCAUAGUAAUGAAGAAUAUAUGGAUAUAACUGAACGUCAUACACAUAAAAUGUUUUAUUUUCCUGAUAUUCAUAAUACUGGUGGAUUAUUUAUGAGAAUUGGUGCCGGAUUAUUUUGUAUGGGUACUCUAAUUUUAACUGUGAUUGAAUUAGCAAAAACAAUUGCAACAGGAAGUUCUCCAAACACUCGUUCUUCACCAGUCGUUUCAUAUCCUUCAUCAGUUGUAGUAACAAAAUCAAUGACUUAUGUACUUCGAUUUUUUUUUCAUUGUGUACAAUUUACAUUUUUAUUUCGAUAUGGAAAUAUUGUAAUUAAUCGUUAUCGUUAUAUAGCUAAAAUAGGUCUUAUUCAUUUAAUAAUUGCUAAUUUUUGUACAUGGUUUGAAGCUAUUGUAUUCGAAACAUUGGAACAAUUGCACAAACCACCAGAGAGUAUUACGUCAUCAAGUUAUAUGACAAAUAUGACAUACUCGACCACAAUCACAACUUCUGUUACAUGGAUAGAUGAUAAUAUUACUAAUAAUAGUUUGACGAAUAUUAUUAAAGAAAUGUCUGCUACUACUCAAAUUGGAACCGGUCUAAACAGAAAUACACUUGAUAUUAUAAAACGAAUUGAAUCAGCUGUAAAUGUUUAUUUAUAUCCAUGUUUAAUAGAAUAUAGUCUUAUAUCAUUAACUAUAUUCUUUCUUAUGUGGAGAAAUGUUGGUAAAACUCGAGAACCAUCAUUUUUACGUUUUGGUGAUCGUCAUAUAUUUACAGUUAAUUGUGCACGUGCAUCACGUGGUUUACUUAUUGGUGGUAUUAUACUUUUAUUAACAAUUUUAACACUUAUACCAACAUAUCUACUUGAUAAUGAUGCAAUAACAGUAACACAUAUAACUGAACUUGUUCUACUUAUUGUUUCAUUAUUUAUUGUUUGUAUGUCAUUUAUGCAUACAACAAAACUUUAUCAUAAUCCAAAUGGACAUGUUGAUGCAUUUGAUCGUGUAUUAAUAUUAAUAACAACAUUUGGUGAUUUUGCAUAUUCAUUUUUUGGAUUAUUUGCAUCAAUAUUUGUUGUUCGACCUAAAAAUGAAUUACCAAUUGGUAUUGAAAUAUCAAUUGGAUUUUUAGCUAUACUUCAAACAUUUUUACAAACAGGUUUUAUUUUGGAUACAUUAAAAAGACAUGUAAAAACAAAAAUUGAAAUUAGAAAUAAACCAGGACGAGAAACAAUUACAGCUUUAUUAUUAAUAAAUCUUGCUAUUUGGUUACAUGAUUCAUUAUCGGCAAAAAAAGUAAGAUUAAAUCCUAUACAAGUAGAAUAUUAUGAUGCUGGUACAUGGGCUAUUAUUCAAGCAUUUACAUCACCAUUAUCAAUAUUUUAUCGUUUUCAUUCAAGUGUAUGUCUUGCUGAUAUUUGGCAAGAAGUUUAUAAUGAUAAUGGAAAUAAUGAUGGAAGAAGAUCGAUAGGACAAUAUGAAAGACAACGUUCAUUGAAUAUGAAUGAUAUUCAAGAUUCUGAACAUUAA